CUGAGUCCGGUCGGACUGGGGCUGUAGGAGACGUACUGUGGCGAUGGGAGAAAUGAUUCCAAGAUGAGGGAAGCAGACAAACUAGACAACAUGAAAUCUCAAGACAGGGGUUUCAGGUCGGGGGGCCGGGGAAGUGAGAGGAAGAGGUGCGACUCCUUUGUGAACAGUCUGUUUGAAGAGGCAGAGAACGCUGGCGCUCUUAUUGCUUCUCCUGAGGAUGAAGACAGCAAUGCCGACGUCAUCAUCAAAAUGUGGAAAAAUGGCUUUACAAUAAACGACGGGUAUCUCAGGGAUUAUAGCGGUGCUGAGAACCGGCAGUUCAUGGACUCCGUGCGCAAAGGGGAGCUUCCUGAGGAGCUACAGAAAACAUUUGAUAAAGAAGAGAUUGCUGUCAACGUGGAAGACAGAAAGAACGAAGAAUAUUUAUUACGAAAACCCAAUAUUGAUGCAUUCUCAGGUCUAGGGCACCGACUGGGAAGCGCCGCGCCAAAAGUCAUUACCAAAGACAUGGAAACAUGCAAUGAGCAGAGUCUUCCAUCCGUAGACCUGAAUGAACUAGAGCCUCUCACAAACAUAAAGGUUUGGCUGGCCGACGGGAAGAGGAUCGUACAGAAAUUCAACACCUCACAUAGAAUUAGCGACGUGCGAGACUUCCUAGAGAGAAUCCCCUGCAAACCUGGGAACGCACCAUUCACCCUCGCAACCUCCUUCCCUCUCCAUGAUCUCCUGGACGAGUCUCUCACCAUUCAGGAAGCAGAACUGCAGAACUCUGUUCUGGUCCAAAAAUUACAGAGAACAACAGAACCUUUCAGGAACUCGUAGCUGGCGUAAGGCUCAGCCCAGAAAACGUAUUGCUUUUUGGUGUCUAGAGCCUGAGAAAUGCAGCUCUUGUUGUUUUUUGCGUUUGAAAAGCACUGUGAUUGGCCCGUAGGCACCCACUAGAUUUUAGUCGUUUAUUCUGUAUGCCUGGUUGCAUUUUUGAGGGCAUGUAUGACUGCUGACACUGUUCUACACUGUGACACUUCUAUAUCCUUGCUUGAUAAGGUGGGGGUGCACCUAGCCCUGAUCCCUGUACACAGAAUUACUCAGGCAGCUCUUGUCCCUGAUUGGCUGUAUUCAGCUAAUAGGUAUAUAUUUUCUGUACCAUUUGGCAUUAGUCAGAAAUGAGACACAAACCCUUGUUAGGAUUGUGUUCUGAUCCCAAACCAGCCAGUGGUAACAGCCAAUACAUAACCCCCCCCCAACAGUUAACUCCUUCAGCAGGGCUGUGUGCAGUGAUGCUUGGCAUAUGGCAAUCUCCUUCAGCAAAAAUGUUUAUAAAUAAUAAAGAACAUUUUAACUAA